UUAAAGGAGAAAGAGUUUCGUUUGUGAGAAACAUGCAUGUUGCAACACAACAAAAGCGUCAGUGAUGAUACAAAGACCCGACGGGUGAAACUGAAGAAUAGCAGAUACAUUUAAUGACUUAAGUUCUAUUUUGAUCUCAUCUCUCAUAACCCGCAGAAGUCAGACGGCAAACAUGGAGCAGUACACCACCACCACGACAGCUAGUGGAGAGCAGAUAGUGGUGCAGACCAACAGUGGACAGAUCCAACAACAGGGCACAGUGACUGCGGUGCAGUUGCAGACUGAGCCUCAGGUAGGCCAGACUGCAACCCAGCAGGUUCUUCAGGUAGUCCAAGGGCAGCCUCUUAUGGUACAAGUCAGUGGGGGUCAGCUCAUCACUUCCUCUGGGCAGCCCAUAAUGGUACAGGCCAUGACAGGAGGACAAGGUCAAACCAUCAUGCAAGUACCAGUAUCUGGUACACAGGGGCUGCAGCAGAUUCAGUUGGUACAACCCAGUCAGAUCCAGCUUCCUGGUGGUCAGACUUUACAGCUACAGGGUCAGCAGGGACAGACACAACAAAUCAUCAUUCAACAGCCACAAACGGCAGUCACUGCAGGACAGAACCAGGUAUCCUACGAUAUAUUCCAGGGUCAGCAGCAGAUCACUGUACAAGGUCAACAGGUGGCUCAAACCGCUGAAGGACAGACCAUCGUUUACCAGCCUGUUAAUGCGGAUGGGACCAUCCUGCAGCAGGGAAUGUUCACCAUUCCAGCUUCAUCUUUAGCAGGAGCUCAGUUAGUCUCAGCUGGAUCCAACACAAACACCACUAACACCGGCCAGGGCACAGUGACGGUCACUCUUCCCAUGGCGGGAAACAUGGUCAAUGCUGGAGGAAUGGUCAUGAUGGUCCCAGGGGGUGGCGGGUCGGUUCCCACCAUGCAGCGCAUUCCUCUUCCUGGAGCAGAGAUGCUGGAGGAGGAACCUCUGUACGUCAACGCUAAACAGUAUCACCGGAUUCUCAAAAGGAGACAAGCCCGUGCCAAACUAGAGGCUGAGGGCAAAAUACCCAAAGAGAGAAGAAAAUACCUGCAUGAGUCCCGUCAUCGUCACGCCAUGGCCAGGAAGCGUGGAGACGGUGGACGCUUCUUUUCUCCAAAGGAAAAAGAAGAAAUGGCCAUGCAGGCUCUUAAGGUGAGCGAGGGGCUUGAGCUCAGCUCUCAUUGGCCAGCCACCUCUGCCCCGCCUCUGGGGUGACCUAUCCAAUCCCAGCCCGUGUCCCACACGAAAGACUGAACUCGCUGUAUACACCUAAUUUAACUUAGAUCAUCCAUACGCUGCGGCUCUGUGCCUGAGCUACCUCAUGCGUCUGUGACAUAUUCAUGUCCGAACUGUCUCUGUCUGUGAGUUUAUUGGCAUUUCCAACUAGGUAAACUGAACAUGCAUACUAAGAUCUUAGUAUAUAUGUUCUAGUAUAUAGUUUGAGCAAAUAUAAUGUACAGCUUAUUCCCAUGUUUGUAACUGCUGUGCUUCCUUGCAGCUUUUUAAUUCCUUUAAUAAUUGUUAAUUAUUUAGCUGCGCAUGUUAGUGUGCAGCCUAAAGAUAUUAUGUUUGAGCUCUGCUAAUUGGAAACGGCUUCUUUCAAAAAAGCAUCAGCUGUAAACAUGGAGGGAUUAGCACAUUUUACCCUGUCAAUGUUAAAGGUUUCUUGUCUUAAAUGUCUAACUGCUACUUUAAAGGGAAAUCUUCAGCCUUGACAUCUUUGUGUCUGCAUUUCUGCCGUUUGUCCUUCCAUGCUGUAAAAACUCACUGGAUGCUAAGAUGCAUUAAGCUGUGUUUAUUUGUCCUUUUUACCAUCUUACUGGUAUGAAUAGUCAUUCAAAAUGAUCUGUUUUCAUGUGUGAUGUAUGGCUUGGCUUGCACCUUUCAAUGCUCUUCUGUCUUUGCCCAAAGCUGUGGCUUUGUUAUUGCUUUUGCCAUUUUAUGUUUCUUACAGCGGGCUGUAUGUGGGCUCUUGUUUGCAUUUACAUUACUGUUAUGUUUGUUACUUGAUGAUAUAUAAGAUGCUCUUUUUAUGCAAAUAAACCAUUGUUCUUGAUUUCUA